GCAUCCGAGUGCUGGAUGGGCCUCUCACCGACAGCAUGGAGGCCAUCGCCUUCAACAAGCACUAUCAGAUCAAUGACAUCUACAGCUGCAGCUGGGGUCCAGAUGACGAUGGGAAAACCGUGGAUGGCCCCCAUCAACUGGGAAAGGCCGCCCUGCAGCACGGCGUCAUAGCGGGUCGCAGGGGCUUUGGGAGCAUUUUUGUCGUGGCCAGUGGCAACGGCGGGCAACACAGCGACAACUGCAACUAUGAUGGUUAUGCCAACUCCAUCUAUACUGUCACGAUAGGCGCGGUGGACGAGACGGGCUCCAUGCCAUUCUAUGCCGAGGAAUGUGCCUCCAUGUUAGCGGUGACCUUCAGUGGCGGGGACAAGAUGAUGAGGAGCAUUGUGACAACAGACUGGGAUUUGCAGAAGGGCACGGGCUGCACGGAGGGCCACACAGGGACGUCAGCUGCCGCUCCUCUUGCAGCCGGGAUGAUUGCGCUGAUGCUGCAGGUGCGGCCGUGUCUCACCUGGCGAGACGUCCAGCACAUCAUUGUCUUCACCACCACCAAGUACGAGGAUCGUCACGCGAAGUGGGACGUCAACCAGGCCGGCUUCAGCCACAGCCAUCAGCACGGCUUCGGCUUGCUGAACGCCUGGAGGCUGGUGAACGCUGCCAAGAUCUGGGAGUCCGUCCCGUACCUCGCCUCCUACGUGAGCCCUGCACUGAAGGAGGGCAGGAGCAUCCCGUUACUCCCGCAGGAGCUGGAGGUUGCCUGGAACGGUAAGAGCAGGGACCCCAAUGGCUUUGCUGACUGGACCUUCUCCACGGUCCGGUGCUGGGGCGAGGAAGCACAGGGCACGUACAGGCUGGUCAUCAGGGACNCAGGAGAUGAGAGCCUGAGGCCUGGGACCUUGAAGCAGUGGCAGCUGACCCUAGGUAGGACACCACAACCCCGCCUCUGUGGGGAGACAGGAGAUGGAGGGCUAAGGGCCAUUAUCAGGCUGCUGGAGGAAGCCAUGAGCGGGCAGUACCUGAGCAGCGACUUCUCCCUGCCCUGCCCUCCGGGGCUGGACAUCCCCGAGGAGCAGCACUACACGAUCACAGCCAACACCCUCAAGACCCUCCUGCUGUUGGGAUGCUUUGCCGUGUUCUGGACUUUCUACUACACGCUGGAGGUUUGCCUGACCAGGAACAACGUGGGGCUUGACCUGACCUGCAACGGCUCCACCGUCUGCAAGUGGUACCAGCAGGGAGGGAAGCACAGAACCCUGGAGAGCGGCCUGGAGAUGGAGUCUGUGCCGCUCUACCGCGAGAAGGACAUCGAGGACGUCGAGAUGGAGUGUGAGCAUCCAGAGCCUGCCCAGGAGGACGAGCGGGAGGAGGGGGCCUGGCCCCCCACCCACCCCAAACUUCCCAGCAGAGCUGCGAGCUUCCAUGAGACGGCCCCCGCCGGAGCAGGGUACCUUGGCCAGGAGGCGACAGCCAAGCUCCUCUCGGAGGACAGGGAGCACCAGACGUGCUAG